CAGUCAGACGUUAACCCGGUGUUAGUGGAAGACCAGUGUUCAUCUCGAGAGGACAUAUCGACGGUAAAAGUUAUAUUUACAUUUAUUUGCGGUUUAUCGAAGCAGAAGGCACAAGACGAAAUGAAGAUCUUUCUGUUCCUGAGUGUGAUCCUUCUGGGAAUUCACGAAACGAAGACUGCGACACAUUCGCUGCAGUACUUCUACACGGGAUCGUCAGGAAUAAGAAACUUUCCAGAGUUUGUGACUGUGGGCAUGGUUGAUGGACAACCAUUCUCUUACUAUGACAGCGUCAUAAAGAAAGAGAUUCCCAAACAGGACUGGAUCGCCAAGAAUGAAGGUCCAGAGUACUGGGAGAGAAACACUCAGAAAUCCAUUGGUGAUGAGCAGAACUUCAAAGCUAACAUUGACAUCGUCAAGCAGCGCUUCAACCAGACUGGAGGUGUUCACAUUGUUCAGUGGAUGUAUGGCUGUGAGUGGGAUGAUGAGACUGGAAAGGUUAAUGGAUUUCAUCAGUAUGGUUAUGAUGGUGAAGACUUCAUAGCAUUUGACCCAAAGACAGAAACAUGGAUUACUCCAAAACCACAAGGUCUCAUUACCAAACAGAAAUGGGACACUGACAGGGCUAGAACUGCCAGUUGGAUCGAUUACGUAACCGUGCAAUGUCCAGACUGGCUGAAGAAGUAUGUGAACUACGGGAAGACUUCACUACUUCGAACAGAACUUCCUUCAGUAUCCAUCCUCCAGAAACCUUCCUCCUCCAUGAUCAGAUGCCACGCUACAGGUUUCUACCCCAACAGAGCCGAAAUGUUCUGGAGGAAAGAUGGAGAGGAGAUUCAUGAGGGAGUGGAAAAAGGAGAGAUCCUCCCCAACAAUAAUGGAACCUUCCAGAUGACUUCUAACCUGAAACUUUCAUCAGAGACAUCUGAAGACUGGAUGAAGUACGAGUGUGUGUUUCAGCUCUCUGGUGUAAAGGAGGAUAUCAUCACCAGACUGGAGAAGACAGAUUCUUCAGAUUUUCCCACUGCUGUUGUUAUCGGAGUUGUUGUGGUUCUGCUGAUCCUGGCUGUAGUUGUUGGUGUUGGAGUCUGGUACAAGAGAAGACAAAGUAAUGGGUUUGAAAAAGCAAACUCUUCUGACACUUCAUCCAAUCCUUCUAUGGAUAAAGACUCUAACAAAGAGACCGAUGAAAAGAAGAAAAUGAUGGAUGCCUAAUGCUGAAUGUACCAACAAGAAGAAAUUCUGUUGCUUCUAAAUGAAAACAUGAGACCAAGAAAAAAUUCUGAAUGAAAAUUUAAUAUUCAAAUGUGCAUAGAUUUAAUCUCCAUAAACAAUUUCUGGUUAUUUUUUCUUUAUUUAACUAAGAUUCAUUCUUCAUCCCUGUGUAUAGACGAGUUUCUGUGCUACAUCACAUAAGAGCUGUUUUAACAACCAGGGGGCAGAAAGCAGCACUCAGCUGGUUCAUUUAGCAGAAACAAGCUCUAAAACAGAGAUAACAUGGAGGUUGGUUUUACCAGUUACCUAAAAAUAUUCAUUUAAUUUAUUCAGAAUUUUCAGGGGAUCUCACUGUUUGUUAAGAAUAGAAGAUGAUUGUAGAUCCAGACAGAAUGGACUGAAGUUUACAGAGUUCCAAAUUCAGAUUUGCUUUUAUAAAAACACUCGGGAACGUUGAUGUUAGCGGGAACUGAUUACACUGUUAAGCUGGACUACUUUAUUUAAGUCCAUCAUCAAGGUUGCUUAAAAUGUUGUGAUUCAUUGAAUGGUGAUAAUAAAUGAAGAAUUAGAGAAAUUAUCAGGUCCCAACACUGUUCCUGACAGUAAAUAGUUUGAGGUUUAAUUUCUAUUAAACAUGGCAGGUUGUAAAGUUCAUCCUAUGAACAUUUUUAGAUUUUGAGCUUAACUGAUGUUAAGAAAGAAGG